GGGUCUUUCUAUUUCUGCUCUCGCUACGAGACUCCAAUCGCGAUCCGUACGGGAUCAGAAGCGGUGUUGUUACUGAUAGUUACCCGGCGGUGCGUGUGUCAAGUGUCCCGGCUUUCGUUUCAAAAUGUAUCGUGGUACAUUGUUUGUGUGUUUUGCUGUUACUUUUUAUUGUGUAAUUGCCGGAUCGGUUUCACCCCCGGGAUCUACGGGAGAACCUUGUCAACCUGACAAGCUCACCGUUUAUAAAGUUGUUCUACAUACCUUCUGGUCCAGGGAGACUUUUCCAAAACAUUAUCCCGAUUGGAGACCGUCUGCUCAGUGGUCCAAAGUAUUCGGACGAAGCCAUGACAAAUCGUUCACACUCUUCCGUUUGGGGCAGAAAUCAUCGGCUGGAAUAAAAGAAUUCGCCGAAACUGGUCGAUCUGAAUUACUUGAAGAACAAAGCCAAGGAGAAGGGGGGGUAUACGAUGAAUUUAACGCACCGCCUAUACCGUCCGGUGUGGGUAGAACGGAAACUGAAUUUUUCGUAGAUGGAAAUCAUUCAAAGGUGUCGCUAAUGUCCCGGAUAGUGCCCUCACCGGACUGGUUUAUCGGUAUCGAUAGUUUCGACCUUUGCGUUAACGGUAAUUGGUUGGACAGCAUCACAAUCGAGGUUGAUCCGAUCGACGCUGGAACAGACAACGGUUUCACCUUUACAGCACCGAACUGGCCCACCGACCCUCAAGGAGAAAUAUACAAAAUCACCGCGCAUUAUCCAGCUCAUCCUGCAGGAUCAUUUUUCUAUCCUUAUCUAAAAAGGCUACCGCCUAUAGGAACCUUCCAAUUUAUCAAGGUGAAAGAAUACGAGCUGAGCGAAGUAUUUCAUCACGAAGAAGACGAAAACCAAUACGAAGUUUUGAAAAUGGAACAUUUACCUCACAAUUCUAUAAACGUUUUUAAUGGCAAUAACGAUAUUCAAACAGCAAUCGAAGAAGAACGAGAAGAACAAGAAUUACAUCCGAAGCUAAAACCGAGACCAAGAAUUUUCAAACAAUUCACUUUAUCGACUCCAUAUUCGACUACGCCACUAAAAAAUGAUUUUUACGCUGUGGAGGACAGAAUGUCAAACACGAUAAAUCAAGGAGACGACGUCGCAACUCCAACAUCUGCGUCAAUUCCUGCAGUUUUGCCACGAGGAAAUAAAAACGCCAUAAUGCACAGUAUAGCCGAUUCGUAUAUGGCUCAUACAGAAAAGAAACACAAGAAAUACCACAAAGUUAAGAAAAGCUAUCCGAAGAAAUUCCGUCCACCACGUGAUUGCCGAGUUUCCGAUUGGUCGGCAUGGAGCGCAUGCAGCAAAUCUUGCGGCAUCGGAGAGAUGCAACGUCGCCGAGAAGUGACUAAACACGCUAGAAGAGGAGGACGACUGUGUCCUCCGUUGGUGGAGACGAAAUGGUGCGGAUCUGCAAGAUCAUGCAACAAACAAUACUUCAAUUGGUAAUUAAGACCUUUUUUCACCUGUUGAGUGUAUAUCUGUGUGAAUAAAUACUGUUCUGUGAUGGUGCCCUGUUUCGGACUUUUCGAGACUACAGCUUCAGAAAAGCGCGGGUUGGGUGGCCACGACAAACGAUGAAAACUUGAAUACACAUCAAUAUUAUAAGUAUUUUUAAAAGAUAAUAAUUAAUUUGUAAGAAAAGACAAUCGACUUUUUGCUAUAAAGUAUAUUCAAUUUUUUUUUGGUAUCCUAUUCACGUUGGGUACUGAAAUUUGUUUUUUAGGCAUCAGAUAAUUUGGAAAUCCACUUAAAACUUUCACUGUAUGGUAACUUGAAUGUUUUUGUUGGGAAUAGAAAAUUUUGAGAAAGACGUUUAGGUGCCUUAUUUUUUAAUUAACUUUCAGCAUUUUCAGGGCAUGAUUCUGAUAGAAAUUUGUAAAGAUCGACACUUUCUACUUCAAAAUUCCACUUUUAUCCAAUUCUGUUCACUGUUUAUCAUUUUGUUAGCUCAUACCCUAUUGAUUUGGAGUUUUUACUUUGUUUUUACUCAUGUCACUUGCUUUUCAUCCAUUUUCUAAAGAUCCCUGCAAUACAUACAUACAUAAGUAAUAUACUACUUUUUUUAGUUGUUAACCACAUCAUUAAAAUUAAAAACGUAUUUUUCUCUGACCACCAAAUUCUUGAAUCACUUGUUUGCUUUCAUAUGUUUCAUUAUCUCGAUGAAACCACACUUUAUUUGAAUCAAAUGCUUGAUUUCUUCGCUAAAACCGUGCAAUAGGUUCGCAUAAUACUCGUAGUUGAUAGUUUUUCCUUUUUCAAGGUAGUCAAUGAGAAUUAUCCCAAGCGAAUCCCAAAAAAACAGACACCAUAACCUUGCUGGUAGGUGGAAAGAUCUUUUGAGUCGGUUCUCCCAUUGUUUUGAUUAUUUUCUUCGUUUCGGGUGUAAAAUGAUGAAGUCACGUUCCAUCCAUGGUUUUGAAACAGCGCAAAAAUUGGGCUCCAUUUCUGUGAAACAUUGCCAUCCACUCGAUGGAAACAUCAUCAAGUCUCUGUGAAAAUUUCCAGUUAAUAUACGAUGUACGGCACUUUUUGAAAUGCCUACUAUAUCGUCCAGCUCGCGUACUUUCAGUCGACGAUCUUCAGCAUUUCUGGAGUCGUUACCUCAUUUGGUCGACCACUGCGAUAAUGGUAUUCGCAGGUCGUUCGGCCUCGUUUAAACUCUGCUACCCAAUAUUUUACUACUGAUUGAUUAAGUGGAAUUGGAAAUCCACUUAAAACUUUCAUUGUAUGGUAACUUGAAUGUUUAAAUUUUGAAAAAAAUGUUUAGGUGCCUUAUUUUUUACUUCGUUCAUCAUUUCCAAGGCAUAAUUCUGAUAGAAAUUUCAUUUGAAAAGAUCGACAUUUUCUACUCCAAACUUCCACUUUCAUUCAAAUCUGUUCGUUGUAUAUCUGGAGAUUUCUUAUCUUUUUUACACGUGUCAUUUGUUUUUCAUCCAUUAUCGAAAUAUCCAAGCAGUACGUACAAGGCAGACAUUUUUUGCGUAUAAGUCAUACACUACUUUUUUUUAGUGGUUAACCACAUCAUUAAAAUUUCUGGAGUAUAAACAUAUUUUCCUUUGACCUCCAAAUUCCUCCAACUUUUUUGCUUUAGCUUAAUUUUAGUCUUUUUCAUAUAUUCCAAGUGCGACUUUUUUGAAGAUUGUGAACUAUCAUCAUAUUAUUUUGUGUUAUAUUUAUAAAAAGUUGAAUGGUCAUUGUUUUUCUAGUUUUUU